GCUUUAUUGAAAGUCCCGAAGUGCGACAACUUGCGAAAUCGCACGAAGAAAUUGGUGAAAGGAAAAAGUAGUAGUGUGUAUAGAUUGUAUGUAUUGAGUCGGUUACUAUAGUUUGUUACUAGUCAGUUACUCAGUCGGUUAUGUUAGUUAUUGAAACCGAUCUGACUCCAUAAUAGCCAUCUGAAAACCCUAGGUUAUAAUAUUCCGGUUCUAGUUGAGUUCGGUUACUUUAAGGACUUGUUAGAGGUUCUUUAUAUGCUUAUUGAAGGUCCUGAAGUGCGAAAACAUGCGAAAUCGUACUGGAUAUCAAAGAGAUCGGGGAAAGGAAAAGGUAUUGGUGUAUAUAGGUAUUGAGUCGGUUGCUAUAGUCUGUUACUCAGUCGGUUAUGUUAGUUAUUGUGCUUAUUGAAGGUCCUGAAGUGCAAUAACUUGCGAAGUCUCACGAAGAAAUUGGUGAAAGGAAGAGGUAGUAGUGUAUAUAGGUUGUAUGUAUUGCGUUGGUUACUGUAGUUUGUUACUAGAAUACUAGUUAGUUACUCAGCCAGUUAUGUUAGUUGUUGUGCUUAUCAAAGGUCCUGUAGUACGAAAACUUGCGAAAUCGCACGCACUGUAUCUCGAAGAAAUUGGUGAAAGGAAAAGGUAUUAGUUGUGUAGCUUGUAUGUAUUGAGCCGGUUGCCAUAGUUUGUUACUAGUUAGUUACUCAGUCGGUUAUGUUAGUUAUUGAAAUCAAUCUGGCUCCAUAGCAACCAUGUGAAGACCCUAGGUUAUAAUAUUCCAAUUCUAGUUAACUUCAGUCACUUUAAGGACCUGUUAGAGAUUUCUAUAUGCUUAUCAAAGGUCCUGAAGUGCGAAGACUCGCGAAAUCGAAUUGGAUCUCGAAGAAAUCGAUGAAAGGAAAAGGUAUGGCGCGAAAGAUCUAUUUUCUAUCGAAGAAGAAGAAGAAGAAAAAAAACGGCGAUGAUGAGAUGAAAGCGAAAUUGAGAGCACGAGUGCCUCGAGAGCAGAGGAUUGAAGAAAAUAGGGCACAGAUGAAGGCGGAGAGGGAGAGAGCGAAAUCGUUGAGGAGAGAGAAGGAAUCUGCAAUGGUGGAAAAGGCACGUGAUAGAUACGAUUCUGAUCCGGAUUACAGGUUGUUACAUGAUCAGGUAUCGAUGUUUUUCGCUGGUUGUUUGAGAUCUGAUAUUGAAUUGUUGAAUUCUGGUGACUGUUCGAGAAUUAGUUUAGCUGCUAAGUGGUGCCCUAGUGUUGAUUCGUCGUACGAUAAGGCUACAUUGAUUUGUGAGUCGAUUGGUAAGUUAAUUUACCCUAGAGAUUCAGAUCCAGAGUUUGGUGAAAUUGAUGAUGUUAGUUAUGUCUUUAGAGUCAAAAAUCUGUUAAGGAAGCAAGUUCUUGUUCCUCUUCGUAAUGCGUUGAAGUUACCUGAAGUUUACAUGAGUGCAAAGCAAUGGAGCUCGAUUUCUUACGAUAGAGUAGCAUCAAUAGCCAUGAAAAACUACACAGAUAUAUUCCUGCAUCGAGACAACGAGCGGUUUCGUAAGUAUUUAGAAAACGUAAAGACUGGCGAUGCGAAGAUAGCCGCAGGAGCUUUGCUGCCUCAUGAGAUCAUUGGUGGUUUGAGUCGUGGGAGUGGAGCUUCGAUAGUAGCUGAGCUUCAAUGGAAAAGAAUGGUGGAUGAUUUGUCGAAAAAGGGGAAACUAACAAACUGCAUUGCGGUGUGCGAUGUUUCCGGUAGCAUGUCGGGUACGCCAAUGGAGGUGUCAGUAGCGCUUGGUUUGUUAGUAUCGGAGCUCAGUGCAGAGCCGUGGAAAGGUCACGUGAUCACAUUCAGUGAGUCGCCCGAGCUGCACUUAAUCGAAGGGCAUAAUCUCCGAUCAAAGACAGAGUUCAUACGAAACAUGAAUUGGGGGAUGAACACGAAUUUUCAGAAAGUGUUUGAUAAACUGUUGGAGGUUGGUGUGAACGGGAAGUUGAGUGAAGACGAUAUGGUGAAAAGGGUGUUUGUGUUUAGCGAUAUGGAGUUCGAUCAAGCUUCUUCGGAUCCAUGGGAGACCGAUUUCGAAGCGAUCGAGAGGAAGUUUAAAGGGUGUGGGUAUGAAAGAGUGCCGGAAAUUGUGUUUUGGAAUCUUAGAGAUUCGUCUUCGACUCCGGUGACUGCUAACCAGAAAGGUGUGGCUCUGCUCAGUGGGUUUUCGAAGAAUUUGUUGACGUUGUUUCUUGAAGAAGGUGGAGUGAUUAAACCGGAGGAUAUAAAACCGAAUAAGAGUGGUGUUGGUGAUGGGGAUUUGAAUCCUGAAGAUACUAUGGAAGCUGCUAUAUCUGGAGAACUGUAUCAGAAACUAGUUGUGAUUGAUUGAGUUUUUGUUACCAUCCAAUACUUUUAACACACACUCUACGUUCCUUGAGGAAAACCUUUUUACUUGAUGACUUAAAACCACACAAUGUGACUCUUUAUAUGAGCGUUCUAGUUGUUUUCUAUACGUUGAAGCGUCAAAGAUAUUGAAAACAAACAUAAAAUAGGAAAUACCAUCACCUGGAUUGCGGUUUGACUUGAUAACGGAACCACAUAAGUAUAGAGUUGGAUCCCCACAUCAACACCAACAAUGAUCGCGAUGAUACCUAAUGCCACUAGUUCGACAAAAGUUUCUUGUCAUGCAUAAGCACAAUGGAGAUAGCUAAACAAAAAUGAUGUUAAUAACCUUGUGUAAACAGUGUUAAUCCUGAAGUUGGACUACACUUGUCAAAAUCAAAUAGUUUUAAGGAGUUUUUAUUUUUACACACUGUUCCCGAGACUCAUUUAACAGGGGGAGGGGAGGGAAAAGAGAUGAAAAUAUGAUAAACCAUGUUCCCGAGUUUCUUUUAACAGGGGGAGAAAAGGGAAAAGGGAAAAAAAUAUGACCAUAUAUUCAUCCUCUCAAAUUGGAGAGACUAGGAGAGAAAAUUUUCCUUUCCCUCCCCUCACCUCCCCUGUUAAAUGACUCGGAAACAUAGUGUUAGAGUUUUGAAUUAAGAUCGGGUAUUCUUAUAGUUUCCUUUUAUGUUGGUUUAAAUUUAUGUAUUUUCCAAGUUUGGGUCUCUUAUCUAGUCACAAUGUCUUUAUAAUUGUUAAUUAACUAGCCAAAUUCCCCGCAUCUUGCGGCGGGAAUUUGAUGGUAUCGGUUCGGUUUAUUACGAUAUUGGUACAGUAUCGAAACUCGUUGUAGCUUAUAAUACCAAAAUAUUACUCCAUUUCAAAUACAACUUUGUUUUCAACAUUUGUUCAACCGAAAUAUGAAUGAAAUUUAUAAUUUUAUACCAAAAGCCAUAAAAAUGAUUUUGGCAUCGCUACCGUAGUUGUUCGAACGGUAUCAGGUUGGUUUGUCAUGGUAAAGACACAAAAUCAAUUGUACUUAACAUGUUUGAUUUUAAACUAAAUUUCUAUUGAAAGUUAGAUAAAAAUAAGCACGUUACAAGAGUGUAUUUGGAGUAAUAUAAGCAUUACAUUAUAUUAUUUAAUGAAAAGGGUAGUCAUCUUACUUUGUAAGUCAUAAGAGUAGAACAAAACCUAUUCAUAUUAAUUUUAAUAAAUAUAAUAUUAAAAAAGAAGUUAAAAUUGAAUAAUAAAAAAUUGUUAAAAGUACAAUUCAUAUGGGUUGAUAAUUGUAUUGUAGUAUACUAUAGUUUAGUAUACUACAUACAAGUACAUUAUGUGAAUCUUGUUUUAUAAUUAAAUUUGUUUGUAUUAAGCUCGCCAUUAAAGAAAAGAUGUAAAAAAAGUAUUCUAAUUGCUACUUAAAAUGGUUUUUUUUAUGGUUUUGUAAUUUUGUAUAAACGUGAGAAGAAGAAGGAAUGUAGAUAUAACAUCGGUCAUGUGUCUUUUUUACGACGAACUCGAGGAAACGGUGGAGCACUUGUUUACCGCUUGCAUGGUGGCUACAAGGGUUUGGUCGGCUUUCAGCGUUUGGUGCAACAUUCCUCCGUUUUUCUUUUUUGAGUACAAAAACAUUUUAGACAUCCAUAAUUUCAUCAAGGGUGGUAAGAAGGCGGAAAAUAUCAUUCACAGGAUGGCUAUGAUAACUUGCUGGUGCAUAUGGAAAGAAAGGAACGAUGUGGUGUUUAACCAGAAAAAAGUAUUAUGCAAGAUGUCUUAGGGGAGAUAAAGGCGAGAGGUUUUGCUUGGGUCAAAAACAGAACAUCAUGUAAUUAUAUGAUAUGAGGAGUGAUGUAAAUAUCCGAUGUACAUGUUGUAAUUUCUUUGGCCUUUGCCCAUUUGGGUCGGGGGUGUUGUAGUUUGUUUGGCCUUUUGCCUGUUUGGGUCGGAGGUAUGUUAAUGAAGUUUAAUUUUCAAAAA